AUGCAAGUGUCGCGCACCAUCUACCGCGCAGCCCUCCUCCAUCUAUCCGUCAAUCCUCUCGUCCGCGCCUCAAUCCCAGGCUCCAUCACCCAAUCUCUCACCGCACCUCAACCCACCCGACUCUACAGCAUCCUCUUCCCACAGUGCACAUCCCUCAAGACACCCGACUGCAAAUACCAAACCCGCACAAUGUGCGACUCAACCUCGAACUCCGCAGCCUCCGAUGCUCAAAAUCCAGACACGCAGAACGAGACACAAGAAAAGAAGCCCCUCUACCUCCCACCCAGCGACCCCUCAAAUCCGAUCCCGAACCAGAGCGAGGGAGGCAUUAAAUUGGAUAUGAGCGGGGGCGGGACAGAAGUCAAAUUGGAUCAUUUGGGUCCGAUGGUUGUCAAUGUGGACGGGACGCUGUCGCAGAUUGGGAACUGGCAGCAGAUGACGGAUAUCGAGAAGCAGAAUACGAUGCGGGUUCUUGGGAAGAGGAAUCAGAAGAGACUGGAGGCUUUGAAGGCGAAGGCGAAGGCGGAGGAAGAAUCAGGUGCGGCUUGA